UUGCCAGUGCACUCCUUAGCCAUGAGAGACAGACAAACACAUGGUGGAAGGCAGACAGAAAUCUAGCUAUAGUAAGUGUGAGAUCUUUCGUUAUGCAGGUAGCUGUGUUUCAGUUUAUGGCUGGAUUCUGCGGCGCUCUGGGCUUCUUGUUUUUUCUGCUUACUCUUGGUACAGACUACUGGCUUUUAUCCUUAGAGUCAUGUGAUCCACAAGACAAAAACACAGGAAAACACAGAAGAGUCAUUGGAAGGGAUGGCCUAAAGGAAGACCCGAAUGAUGCUAAAAGCGCAGUACUGUCCUACCAUGAAGGCAUUUUUUGGAGAUGCUUCUAUAAAACAGACAGAGUGGAGGAGAGCAUACUGGAUUUUUGGAUCACCAACCAACCAGCAGAGAAGAUUUGCAUGCCUGCUUACCUCUCUGAUGAUCCUCUACCUGAGAAAAGAAGAAGCACUUUAAAUGCAGAUACAACUACAUUGCAUAGGACUUUUUGGUGCAUUAUGUCCAUCCUGGCAUUCACAGUGGUUAUAAUCGGUGUGUUUGUGACCAUCUGCGGCAUCCCAACAGCAAACCGCCGCCUUUAUGAAGCUGGAGGUGCUCUUUUCAUAACUGGUGGAUUCUUGCUUUUGGUCGUGGUGGUGACAUUUACAGUAUGGGUACAGAUCUCAGGCUCUCUGGAGCAUUACAUCCUCCAGCGCAGGUCCUUCGUCUGCCCGAACCUGCACCUCAACCUGUACUAUGGGCCGUCCUUCAUGUUGGCACCCCCUGCAUCCUUCUUCAGUAUUGUCUGCGGCAUCUUCCUUCUGCUCACACAGACUGCCUCAGCAACAGUGUCAGCAAAUACAGCAAACAAACUCCUAACUGUACAGAAGGAAUGA